AUGUCAUCCAAUAGUGAGCGCAGGUACACCACGCUUAUCCACCGCGCAUCGAACAAGUAUCCCAACUGGGAUCCAGAAGUUACUGUGGAGGCUGGAGAUUGGGGACGCAUUAUUGACGGGCGUACCGGAAAGUGGCUUCCCCGGAGAAGUAGAGGAGGGAUCUUCCUGAAGGAGGGGAACAUCUACAAGGACGGGAUUGCUGAGGAAUAUGACAUUCCCGAGCCGAUUGUUUAUGGAGCAGAAGCAGCUGACGGUGUGUCCUGGGUUGUCUCCAAGCACACGCGUGCAUGGAAUGUCUCCGCCGAAGCAGCGAGCCAAACACCUGCACUUGCACACUACGAUGUGAAGGCCAGAUAUCACUUCAGCUCGAACGGCGGAGCCAUCCUUGCGAUGCAGAAUGACUCCAUCUCACGAAUCGACCCGCCCGGCAAACUGAGACGCCUACUAGAUGAGGAGCGGAUGCAUGACUGCGUUAUCGUCUCCGAGGUCCACCACUGCUCUUCCUACGCACGUUACCUCUCCAGCCGUGGCACCAAGGACGUCGUCAUCGGACUGAGCGCGGAGCCUGCCAUCCCGGGUAUUGCAGCAGCGCACGCCCAUCUCGAGUGGGUACACAGCGCUACGACGGGGAACUUCAAGUCGAAGGUUAGCUUGAACGGGAGCCGGGAUUUCUGCCCGCUUUUUCGACUGGUGUCGCUGAAGGAUAGUGAUGUAUCCGUUGGACUGCGUGGAGCUUCGGACGGGCCUGUACCACCUCUUCCUGAUGCGGAGCUUCCUUGGUCUGAUGAGGAGGACUGUGUGGAGAAUGACAUCGCGGAAGAGUGA